CAUAAAAAGAUGGCGGACCACUCUGGUGAAAUAACCGAGGGCUGUCGACUUCCAGUCCUGCGGAGAAAUCAAGAAAACGAAGACGAAUGGCCAUUGGCUGAAAUCCUAAGUGUCAAAGACAUCUCUGGGAGGAAGCUCUACUAUGUCCACUAUGUUGACUUCAAUAAGCGACUGGACGAAUGGGUCACUCCAGACCGGCUGGACAUUAAGAAGCUCCAAUUUCCCAAAAAGGAGGCAAAGACUCCCAUAAAGAAUGGCCUGUCUGGGUCUCGUCCGAGCUCGCCAGAAAGAGAUGUGAAGAAGAGUCUAGAUCUUCAUGUUCAGUCUGCUUCAGCUCCUUCAAGAGGCAAAACCGUCCCCACACCGAAAAGGAAAGCGGAGUCAGUUUCUUUAGCCUCACAAGUGACUGCAGUGACUCCAGUGCCUUCACUUCCAGCCUCUGCAGAGGCCAGUCAGGCGGCACUCUAUACAGCAAUUAGAGAUGCAUCCUUCAACAUUAAAUCCAGAGAAGAGCACGAACCGCUCACCUCUCUAACCACAAAUGGCACAACAUCCAUCCAGCGCCAUCUUAUUCCUCCUCAGCCUGGGAGAAAAAGAAAGAAUUGUGGGGGCACAGAUGAGAUGGUAAAGGUGUUCCAGAAUAACAGUCCCCGCUGCUCCACCGUCUAUUUGCUGCCAGGAGAGGACUCCCAGGACAGUUCAGAUGGAAUCCCUUCUGCCCCACGCAUGACUGGGAGUUUGGUGUCCGACCGCAGCCAUGAUGACAUCGUUACUCGAAUGAAGAACAUAGGCUGUAUAGAGCUGGGCCGACACAGACUGAAGCCUUGGUACUUCUCUCCAUACCCACAGGAGCUCACCUCUCUGCCCAUUAUCUACCUUUGUGAAUUCUGUCUCAAAUACCUCAAGAGCCUCAAAUGUCUCCAGAGACACCUGACAAAAUGCAACCUUCGACAUCCUCCAGGAAAUGAGAUCUACCGCAAAGGAACCAUCUCCUUUUUCGAAAUAGAUGGCAGGAAAAACAAGGCAUAUUCCCAAAACUUGUGUUUAUUGGCUAAAUGCUUCCUGGAUCACAAGACCCUCUACUACGACACGGACCCUUUCCUAUUCUAUGUUAUGACUGAAUACGACCCAAAGGGUUUCCAUAUUGUUGGCUACUUCUCAAAGGAGAAAGAAUCAACAGAGGACUAUAAUGUGGCCUGUAUCUUGACGUUACCACCUUACCAGAGAAGAGGCUAUGGCAAACUACUAAUUGAGUUCAGUUAUGAGCUCUCAAAGGUUGAAGGAAAGACGGGCACCCCAGAGAAACCCCUGUCUGAUUUGGGCCUGCUCUCCUACCGCUCAUACUGGUCCCAGACCAUUCUGGAGAUCCUAAUGGACCUCAAAUCAGAGAAUGGAGAACGGCCACAGAUCACCAUCAAUGAAAUCAGUGAGAUCACAAGCAUCAAGAAAGAAGAUGUGAUAUCCACCCUUCAGUACCUCAACCUCAUCAAUUAUUAUAAGGGUCAAUACAUCCUCACCUUGUCCGAGGACAUAGUGGAAGGUCACGAGUGUGCAAUGCAGAAACGCCACCUCCGCAUUGAUCCCAAAUGCUUGCAUUUCACACCUAAAGACUGGAGCAAGAGGGGCAAGUGGUGAAGUCCAGAGGAGAGCCGCUUCUUCACAGAUACAAAAACAUUUUCAAACCAACAUAAACACUGUAAAUAUUCCUGUAUUUAUCUACUUUUUUAUAUAAAACAAUUAAAAUCAUUUCUAAAUUCA